CAAGAAAACUGGUUUCCGUCGGGAAUCGAAGACCGCAUUAGUAUCGACGCCCAAACAUUCCUCGACCAAACCUACUUCGGCGUCAUGUUACGUUUGUUCCGGUGCUCACCAACUAGCUGAUUGCGCGAAAUUUAAGGCUUGCUCGGUCGAUGAACGCUACAAGGUGGUGUGCACGCAUCGCCUUUGCAUGGUCUGUUUGAUUCACGGGCACAUGUCGUUUAAGUGUUCCUCUUCGUGCUCCAUAUGCAAGAGGCGCCAUCAUGCGCUACUACAUCGAGAUCAGGAACCGUCGAAACCCGCUCCUCCGGCUGCCAUGUUAGGCCGCCAACAAGCUCCAACGGUCUUGCUCGGGACCGCUUUAGUACAUGUACGAGAUACAAUUGGCAGUUGCCAGACCGUGCGUGCUCUGAUUGAUUCGGCAUCGCAGAUCAGUGCAAUCACAUCGGCUUGCUGUAACCGCUUGGGAUUACAGCCCUCGCGAUGGACAGUACCUGUGACUGGUCUUUCCGGCCAGAAGGCUCCGGAUGUACAGGGUAUUGUUCAGUUGACGAUCCAGCCAAGGGAUAGCCAACGCCAGCGAUCCAGGUCAAGCCUUGGGUACUCUCUACCAUCACGUCAGAUAUGCCAGCUCGACAACUGCCAGUUCAGGUACGAGCCAAAUGCAGCCAUCUGA